CACUUGACCUGCACCAUCACACCGCAAGCCUUACAAUCACCGAAGCCUUAUUUCGUCCAUGUCGGUCGCUCUUGCGAAGAUGGCUCGUUUCAUUAAGGGUCUGAUACAAUCAGCUAGCUCGAGAUAUGAAAAACUGGGUCUAGUUGGAAAGGCUGUGAUCUGGUUCAUUCUAUUCUUCUAUGUCUGCUUAGCCACAUUUAUCAUUGUGGUCACUCCAGCUCGCAUUGCUCAAUUCACGUAUGAUGCCGCACAAUACAUCCGACAUCUCCCGUAUGGGUACACAAUUAUUAUCGUUGUCAUGAUUGUUGCAUCCUUCCCCCCUUUCAUCGGGCAUGUCACUCUCCUUAACUUGUUCGGUUUCACAUACGGUAUCCGAGGCUUCUUCCCUGCAGCAUUUGGAACACUGGCAGGCUCUGCCAUAGCUUUUGUUACCCUUCGGUUCAUGUUCAGCAAGAGGCUGCGCUCAUGGACUUCCACUAAUGAGAAAUGGCAGGCUUUGGAAGCUGUAAUACGGUCAAGAGGCAUGCCCCUGAUCAUCCUCAUUCGCAUGUCUUCAUUUCCCCCGUGGGCUUGGUCAAACUCAUUAUUCGCGAGCAUAACUCCAGUGUCGUUGUUCCAGUUCUUCAUAGCGACUUGCUUUGUUCUCCCAAAGGUUCUGGUUUACGUGUUCGUAGGAUCUCGUAUUGCUAGACUCUCAGACGGCGAACAGAGAAAUCACAUGGAUACCCAAACAAAGAUUAUCAACAGCCUUCUCGUUGCCGGUGGUGUCUUGAUAUCUGUUGUAGCCAGCUCGCUGGUCUAUUAUCUCAUGCAGAAUGAGAUCAAGCGUCUACAUGAUAGCCCAUCAGAGCGUGACGAACUUGCUGCAGAGGCACUUGAGGCAGCAGAGGAGGCACCUUUGUUGGGGUCUAACUUUUUGGGUUCUCCGUAGAGUUUGACUCACUUCAAGUGAAUGUAUUGCAGCGGAACGUAAUUAAUGACAGGACAUUGUACUAUGCUAGCUUUAUGAUCGACACACAUCCAUAACUAUAGAA